UGCGUCUAAUGGUAAAUCUGCCGAAGAUAUUAAAAAAAAAAAAAUUAUUCCUGCAUUCAACGCAGAAGAAGCGCUUCUUGAUGCUAAAAGAGCUCUAGCAGAUGAAGCAAAAUGGUGGUACUCUACCGAUCUAACUAGUCUGGAGCGAUGA